GGAAAAUAAAAUUUGAAAAACAUAGUUUUUUAUUACUUGUGGCUCACCCGUGCUUGGUCCUGUCAUGUUCACUAUGGAGACAUUUUUGGUGACAAAAUGGCUGUGACAUGCUACCGUUUGUGGUGUCUUUCUCAUGACAAACAUAUAAGAAGAGGAGGUGGCAUAGGCAUGUUCAUACAUAUAUCCAACAAUAUGUAUACAGAGACAAUCAAAGACACAAAUAUAUAUAUAUACAUACAUAUAUCCAACAAUAUGUAUACAGAAUCAGGUUUACAUCGCAAUUUUACUAUUGAUCAUUCCGUUAUUGAUGAAAGUGAUAUUAUCAAUUACGGAUUUCAACGCCCAGAAAUGUACGCAUUUAACAUCUCUGGAAUCGUUCCACCACAUGAACGCCAUGUUUUUCUUAAUUACAAAACUCAUAGAGAUUGGCCUUAUGACUUUGAAUUGUCCGAUUCGGAUCCCCUUCCGAAACUUUUGAUUGAGGUUUUUGAGGAUAACGAGGACAAUAUGCCUAAGAAGACCAUCUUAACAAUCUGCGAAGACACCCAUUUAAAUGAAGGAGAUGUUUUAAUUUUUCCUGACAUGAUCUUGUACAGAGGUUUGGGCGCUUCAAACAUUAAAAGCUUUGUCGAGCAAGUACUUGUUAAGGGUAAACCAUGGGAUAUUGCAAAACCAGAGCCUGUGACAGGUUCAUAUGUAUUUGUGUGUGCUCAUCUCAAAUACGAUAAAUGGUCAGCUGUUUGCGGACCACCUUUAAUUGAGAGGUUCAAUAAGGAGGUUGAAGUGAAGGGAAUGCAGAAUCACGUCUUUGUGAAUCCUUGCUCAUAUAUUGAGGGGACCCUAUAUGCAGGGAACUUGAUAAUAUUCAGUGCAGCUAAAGAUGGAAAAGUGUCUGGUGAUUGGUAUGGUUAUGUCACCCCAGAUGAUGUGCCUGAAUUGCUUGACCAACAUAUCAUGAAGGGUGAGAUCAUAAAAAGGAUUUCGAGGGGCCCAAUGGGGUUAAUUGAUAUCAGGGGCCGAAUGAGGCGCCGAAUGAGGAUCCUUGGUGUUAAAGGGAAAAGCAUCACUAGUGAGAAGGAAAAUGUUGAUUUCACGGGCCAAAUGAGGACCCCUGAUGUUAAAAACAAAAGCAUCACUAGUGAGAAGGAAAAUGUUGGAUUCUUCACAAGAAAAUGGAAGAAACUUGAUAUUUUUGCUGUCGUUGUUGUCGGGGUGGUGGCAUCUGUAGCUGUGUCCUAUAUACAGCGUAAAAGGUUGUAUUAAAAUUUAAGAAGGAUCUUUUAUGAAAGACAAAGAAUAAAGGAGUGACUAGAGCUGUACAACUCGUUCAAGUUACAUUUGGGGCUCGAGAUGGAAAGAAAGAAAGCAGGAUGACUUUUUGUGUUAUCGCCUUUUUUAGGAUUUUUGUAUAACUAGAUGAGGUGGGGCAUUGUAGCCUUAACUCUUCAAGUAGCUAUUUUACCGUUAUUCGAGAACCCUUCUUUUCACGAUUGUUCUUUCUAACAUCAUUAGUAUUUUGUACUAAUCCUUUUCCUGAUAUUUUAUGCUUAAGAUGAUGUGUUUACUGC